AUGGAACCAAGAAAAGACAAAAACAAAAGCAAAAAGAAACCAACACCACAACUCUGCGCCCAAAAAGACUUAGCAUUCGGCGAUAAAACCUGUACCUUCGUCUACCAAUUCAACGGCGACAGCGCCACAUCCUUCGUCGUUGACAAGGAUUUGAAAUUGAAUGAGGUUAUUCAGAGGACUUGGGAACCGACUAAUAUGGAGUAUUUUAUGCCUCUUUAUCAGGCCGAUGGACGAGCUUUGACAGAGGGUCAGCUUGGUCCCUCGGAGAAUGAUCGACAAAAGGCUGAUCCGAGGGAGGCUUGUACUUUGAAGUACAAUGAUCUUCCAGAUAAAGGGGCGUGUUCAAAGCCUUUGUUCUACACGCCUAAGAAAAGGCCAAGAUUUACAAUCACAACUGGCAUCCAGAAAAGAGGCGGCCCACCCCAAGACUGUCUAAUAUAUGACAGACAAAUCGAUAUCUGA